UGCCAGGCGGGCCGCCCUAACCAGCUUGCCUUUCGAUUCCCAACAUGCUUCGUGGUGUGUUUUGGUUUCCUUGAUUUCCUACCCUGCCAAACUUCCUGUUUCCAGCUUUCUAGCGGCGGACUGCAACUCCCAGCAUGCUGAGAGAUCAGAUUCGUGGUUGAGCUGCCGUUUUACACUUGGACUACAUCUCCCACAAAGUCGACGGGCGUGGCAGGGGAGGGGACGCUGAGGGCCCAUGUGCUGAGCAGGAGAAGUGCCGCGGAAAGUGGAGGUGAGGGCCGCCCGCCCCAGAGGUGCUCAUCCGAGAGGCAGAGCUGACAAGGAAGAUUUCUGAGCAUUUUGCUGGCAAAGGGAUUUCUUACAGCCUCCAGGCAUGCGUCUUUCUGCCCUACUGGCCUUGGCAUCCAAGGUCACUCUGCCCCCCAAUUACUGCUAUGGGAUGAGCCCCUCAGGCUCCUUGGCAGACAAGAGGAAGAACGCCCCAUGGAGCAGGCGGCGCCCAGUGGUUGUGGAACCCAUCUCUGAUGAAGACUGGCAUCUGUUCUGUGGGGACACGGUGGAGAUCCUAGAAGGCAAGGAUGCCGGAAAGCAGGGCAAAGUGGUUCAAGUUAUCCGGCAGCAAAACUGCGUGGUCGUGGGAGGGCUGAACACAUAUUACCGCUACAUUGGCAAGACCAUGGAAUACCGAGGAACCAUGAUCCCUAGUGAAGCCCCCUUGCUCCACCGCCAGGUCAAACUUGUGGAUCCUAUGGACAGGAAACCCACUGAGAUUGAGUGGAGAUAUACUGAAGCAGGAGAGCGGGUACGAGUCUCCACACGAUCGGGGAGAAUUAUCCCUAAACCCGAAUUUCCCAGAGCUGAUGGCAUCGUACCUGAAACAUGGAUUGAUGGCCCCAAAGACACAUCAGUGGAAGAUGCUUUAGAAAGAACCUACGUGCCCCGUCUAAAGACACUACAGGAGGAGGUGAUGGAGGCCAUGGGGAUCAAGGAGACUCGGAAAUACAAGAAGGUCUAUUGGUAUUGAGCCCAGGAACAGCAGCUCCUCCCCAACUUCUGUCCCAGCCUUGAAGGCUGAGGCACCUCUUCUUCAGAUGCCAAUAAAGAGCAGUUUAUGAGUC